UCCUGCUGUCCCAGCGCAUUGAAGAGGAGGACAUGAAUGGGAAGACGCUGAAGAUCACAGACUUCGGGCUGGCGCGAGAGUGGCACCGCACCACCAAGAUGAGCGCAGCUGGCACCUACGCCUGGAUGGCACCCGAGGUCAUCAAGGCCUCCACCUUCUCCAAGGGCAGCGAUGUCUGGAGCUAUGGUGUGCUGCUGUGGGAGCUGCUGACUGGGGAGGUCCCGUACCGCGGCAUCGACGGGCUGGCUGUGGCCUACGGCGUCGCCGUCAACAAGCUGACGCUGCCUAUCCCCUCCACCUGCCCCCAGCCCUUCGCCCAGCUCAUGGCAGAGUGCUGGGACCAGGACCCCCAUGGGCGACCCAGCUUCGACUCCAUCCUGGCCCAGCUGACGGCACUGGAGGCCCAGGUGCUGGAGGAGAUGCCCCAGGACUCCUUCCACUCCAUGCAAGAUGACUGGAAGCUGGAGAUCCAGGGCAUGUUCGAUGAGCUCCGAGCCAAGGAAAAG